AUGUCGGAACAGAUUCAGAUCGAUGCUGGUGCUUUCCAGCGCAGAGUGGCCAAACUGCUCUCUGCCUGGAAGGAAGGCGGCACCGACUUUGAGCAGCUCGCCGACGUUGAUUCGCUCAUCGUGGUCAUGGGUGGCCAGAACGAAGAGCUCAUCUACUCCAAAACCACCGCCAUUCACUCUUGGCUCCUCGGCUAUGAAUUUCCAUCCACCGUCAUCCUCUUCACCAAGUCCGCCGUCACCUUUGUCACCAGCGCAUCCAAAGCCGUUCACCUCGAUCCGCUCAAAAACAGUAGCACCGGCUUCGAGAUCGACAUCCUCAAGCGAUCCAAGGAUGAUGCUGCCAACCGCGCCAUCUGGGACGACCUCAUCUCUCGCAUCGAUGCACAGGGUUCCAAAGUCGGCUGCUUUCCCAAGGACAAGCCUGUCGGCAAGUUCGCCGACGAGUGGCAGUCAGUGUUCGAAAAGGCGCAAAAGACCCGGGACUUCAAGAUGAUCGACGUCAGCGCCUCUCUCAGCGCCGUCUGGGCUGCCAAGGACGACGACGAGCUUAAAGCCAUCAAGUACGCCUCGAAAAUGAGCUCGGCCGUCAUGUCCGGUUACUUUGAAAACGAAAUGUCCACCAUCCUCGACGAAGGCAAAAAAGUCACACACGAGCAACUCUCGGAACGCAUCGAGGGAAAGCUCGACGACACCAAGAUGUGGAAAAAGGUCAAAGGCCUCGAUGGUGCCGACCUCUCGCUUGCCGACUGGUGCUACACCCCCAUCGUCCAGUCCGGCGGCGAGUACGACCUCAAGACCUCAGCCGUCUCCACAACAAAGCGUCUGCAGGGCGCUGACGGCAACGGCGGUGUUGUGAUCGCCAGCAUGGGCCUCAAGUACCGCAACUACUGCUCUAAUAUUGGAAGAACCUACCUGAUCGAUCCUCACAGCAGCCAGCAAAAGAUGUAUGCCUUCUUGCAUGAAGUGCAGACCGAGCUCGCCGACAAGCAUCUCCGUGCCGGCGCAACAUGUAAGGACAUCUACAACAAGGCUGUCGAUCUUGUCCGUGCCAAGGACGACAAGCUCGUACAGUCCUUUGUCAAGAACAUCGGUUUCGGCAUUGGUCUCGAGUUCCGCGACAGCGCCUAUGUAUUGUCGGGAAAGAACAACCGAGCUCUCCAGCGCGAUAUGGUCAUCAACCUCUCCGUAGGCUUCCAAGACCUCGACGACCCCAACCACAAAGGCAGCGUCUACUCGCUCCUCCUGAUCGACACGCUUCGCAUCAACCAGGAGGGUGCGGCCACGUUCCUCACCGAUCGUGUCCGUGGCACCAACGACAUGGCGUUCUUCUUCAAGGACGACGAGGAGGAAGAGGAGCAGGAGGACCGCAGAAGCCCUGUAAAGCCCGAUGGCAAGGUGACGCCCGGUGGCAAGGUACUCCGAAACAAGAACCGAGGUGCAGCCCUCGACGAUACCGCUGCCGAAAAGAUGAAGGUGCAUCAGAAGGAGCUCGCAAAGCAGAAGCAGGAAGAUGGUCUUGCCCGCUUUGCCGGCGAAGACGGCGAGGGCAACGCAUCCAACGAAAAGGUUUUCAAGAAGUUCGAGAGCUACAAGCGCGAGAACCUGCUGCCGACCAAGGUGGCCGAUCUCAAGAUUCUGGUUGAUCACCGAGCUCAGUCGAUUAUUCUCCCCAUCUACGGCUAUGCCGUGCCCUUUCACAUCAACACGCUCAAGAAUGUGAGCAAGAGCGACGAGGGCGAGUACACGUAUCUGCGUCUCAACUUUGUCACGCCCGGUCAGAUUGCGGGAAAGAAGGAGGACGUGCCUUUCGACGACCCGGAUGCUACGUUCGUACGAAGCAUGAGCUACCGUUCCACCGACUCGCAGCGGUUCUCUGAGCUCUUCCGCGAGAUCACGGAGCUGCGAAAGUCAGCGACCAAGCGCGAGGCUGAGGAAAAGGAGCUCGCCGAUGUGGUCGAGCAGGACAAGCUGAUCUUGGCCAAAUCUCGAGCAUAUACGCUGCCCGAAGUGUUCCCACGACCUGCCAUGGAGGGUAAGCGUGUACCAGGCGACCUCACCAUCCACCAAAACGGUUUACGCUUUUCGUCGCCACUGCGACCCGACCAGAAGAUCGACCUGCUCUUCUCCAACAUGAAGCACCUCUUCUUCCAGCCGUGUGACAAGGAGCUCAUCGUUAUUGUGCACGUCCACCUCAAGUCGCCCAUCAUGAUCGGCAAGCGAAAGGCUAAGGACGUGCAGUUCUACCGCGAGGCUUCGGACGUCCAGUUCGACGAGACCGGAAACCGCAAGCGCAAGUAUCGAUCGGGCGACGAAGACGAGAUCGAGCUCGAGCAGGAGGAGCGUCGUCGCCGAUCGCAGCUCAACAAGGAGUUCAAGGUGUUUGCUGAGCGCAUCGCCGAGGCCUCCGAGGGUCGUGUCAGCGUCGAUGUACCCUACCGCGAGCUCGGCUUCAGCGGUGUGCCGUUCCGUACCAACGUGCUGCUGCAGCCGACUACGGACUGCCUGGUGCAUCUCACCGAUCCUCCCUUCCUGGUCAUCACGCUGACGGACGUCGAGAUAGUGCACUUGGAACGUGUGCAGUUCGGCCUGCAAUCGUUCGACAUGGUGUUCGUGUUUUCCGAUUUCUCGCGUGCACCGAUGCAUGUCACAUCGAUUCCCACCACGUCGUUGGACGAUGUCAAGCAAUGGCUCGACUCGGUGGACAUCUGCGUGACCGAAGGUGCGGUCAACUUGAACUGGGGUGCCAUCAUGAAGACGGUCAACGAGGAUCCGUACGACUUUUUCGUCGAAGGCGGCUGGGGCUUCCUGCAGUCUGGCUCGGACGAUGGGGGCUCGUCCGAGAGCGAGUCUGGGUCCGAGUUUGGCAGUGACAUGGACGACGGGCAAGAAGAGACAGACGAGGAGUCGGACUCGGGCAGCGACUUUGGCGAUUCGGCCGAGGACGAGAGCGGCUCGGAAGGAUUUGAGGAUGAGAGUGACGAGGGUGAGGACUGGGACGAGCUGGAAAGGAAAGCGGCUCGCGCUGACGAGAAGAAGCGCAGGCAGGGCGGAUCGGACGAUGAAGAUACUGGCAAGAAGGGCAAGCGUCGUUAG